AUGGACGUUUUCAUGCGGAAGGGUCAGUCGAGGUCGGCAGAGUCAGAGCAGCAGGCAAUCAUGCAGAAGGAGAAGGUUAUCCGGCUACCGGCGAAGACGAUGAGAUUGCUUGAUUUAGCCUUCAGCAGUGAACCAGAUGAUGUUAACCUUAUCGAGCCUUCAACUCCAGUACUGGAGAAAAACGAACAUCUCAGGCCGUUCAUCAUCAAACUGGACGCUCAAAGCAAUUCGAUCGUCACGUCUGAUUCCGAAUCUUCUCCACAACCGAAUUUCAGGCUGUGUGACUAUGGCUCAUUGAACAACGACUUGUCUAUUAUCGACUGGCAACAAAUUCUAACCGGAGACUCCGUGGAUGCCUUGGCUGAUCGUAUGUAUGCCAAAUUAUACGAAAUCAUUUACGCAUGUGCCCCUAUCCAAAGUGGCGAGGCGUACUUCAUGGCAACCCUGGAGGAGUUCUCAAUUACGAAAUUUACGGAAUGUACUGCUAAAAACAGUCUCAGAAUAAUCGAACUGCAGUAUAACGAACUCCUAAAAUCAUGCCACAAGGAAUACGUGAAACGAACGGAAGCAAACCUGAAGCGAAACCCGUUGGAAUUCUGGAAGUUCGUAAAAUCACAGCGAUCAGGUAACCGCAUUCCGGAAACAGUGAUAUUCAAUGGGAUCACUGCUAGCACCCCUCUUGAAGUUGCUAACCUUUUCGCGAAGUUCUUCAAUUCGGUCUACAACAUAAAUUCUCCACCUCUUAGCCCAAUGAGUUUCAGUCGCAUACAGGGAUAUGACUUCAAUAUAACAACGCUGCAGUUCUCACCACACGACGUCAUGAAAGUGUUGGUCGACAUGGAUGCAUCAAAAGGUCCUGGAGCAGAUGGCAUUCCUCCGUCCCUUUUGAAAUAUUGUGCAAGUUUGCUUGCUUCACCGAUUUCCUGUCUGUUUAAUCGUUCGUUGAGCGAAAGAUCCUUUCCCAGCGUGUGGAAGAUAACCACGAUCCAUGGACAAGUUUUUGAAACUCUUGUCCACAACGCCCUUUACAACGUGGUUCAUCCUGUAAUAUCGGAGUUGCAACACGGGUUCGUCCAGCAGCGAUCUACUACCACAAAUUUUAUGUGCUACACUAAUAUACUAUUCCGUGAGGUUGAAUCCCGUAGGCAGGUCGAUUCCAUCUACAUCGACUUUUCGAAAGCAUUCGACACCGUCCCACAUCAAUAUGCAAUCGCAGAAUUAAAAGCCGUGGGAUAUCCACCCUGGCUGGUUGAGUGGUUUUAUCCUACUUAA